AAAUGGUCUGGAGCAGGCGGAGGAAGGGCACAGAACAUACACGCUUUAGAAAGGGGGGCUGUCAGCCAGCCUAUACACUCGCCGCCGCACCGGCUUUUCGCACAUUUCUCGCCAUGGCGUCGACAAAACUGCAGCUCGCACUUCUUGGGGUCCUGCUCAGCCUACACCUGAGCGCAGGUCGCAUAAUCAGUUUCCACGAGCCCACUUCGCUGCCAUCCCCGAGAGACUUCCGCAUCAUCGUCGCUGACGGCUCGUCGCCCAUGUUCGCCGCCCUGCACGCCGGCGCGGCAGCCCCCAUCGAACCUGCCCCCGUGCGCGAGGAGCAGAACGACAUCCCUCCACCCCCGCGCGUGUUGCCCCCUGCGCCCCCUGCGGCGCCCCAGCCCCAGAUGGUGAACCCGCCCGCGUUCGCCGCCGAUGCUGCCGCAGUCUUCGGCAUUCCUCCUCCCGCCUCGGGGCCCCUUUCCCUCUCCCCCGCCCCCGUCACUCAGGCCCCCGUCAACCCCGCCACGCCCACAGCCGUCCCUGGGGUUGUGCAGGUGGUCAACUCGGUCAUUCCCAACGGCGGACGUCGCAUCGUCGAGCCGCCCCCAGCCAUCGUGCCACCCCCUGAUGCGGUCAACUUUGUGCCCCUCCGUGAACAGUACCAACAACUCCUCGCUCAGGGCAUCAACCUGGAUCAAUACCCUGCCACCGGAGUGCCCUUCCGCUCCGCCGCCCCCAGCAUCUCGUCCCCCAGCCGUCCCCAACAGCAGAAUUACGCUUCCAACUUUGCCACCUUCUUCAAUGGCCUCCCUGCCGAAGGGUCUCCCUCGCCCGUCCGUUCUAUUGCCACGGAGGCUCCCCUGGUGGCUGCCUCCCCGCUGUCCAGGCAGACCAGCGUGUUCGGCUCGGCAGCCGAACUGAGCAACGCCGCGAGCGGCAGUUUGCAGAUCACCCACCACCCUGGACACGGUGAGGCUGGAGGCACUUCUUACAGCUCCUCCUCCUUCACCACCCAGGUGUAAUGAUAGCAUUUGUGUUAUUCCAUUUUUUCGCCUGUAUGAUAUAACAUCACCGCCAUUAUUGUCAGUUUGAUAUAAGUUCAUGUUUGCUCCAUUUGUACCUCUAUAUUUAAUUUUAUUAUAAUAAAAGAACGACCGCUCUUUUAAUAUAAA